AUGCGCACAAGCCUCUCCUGGCCUCCGCACUACUUUUCCCAGCAACCCGUCGUAGCUGACAAUCAGGCUGCGUCUCGUGACGUCACUUCCGCCACAACAACCUGCCUGCCACCGGAAACCAGUCGCUUCCAGGUUUCGGCCGUCUUCUGCUGCCUGCGGCCGCUCGGUUCCCCUGGCGCCUUGUUUGAAUGCGGGCCCUGGGUCAGCCCGGGCCAAGGGGAGACUCCGCCUGGGACCGAGCCAGGGUCCUCCUCGACCCCCCACGUAUACUGGCCCUGCAGGUCGGGGCAAGUGGCGCCCAACGUGGGGCUCGAGGUCCGGACUUCUGCCAGGCGGACCAGCAUUGAGAGACGAUUCGUCGCGACCCCCUCCUUCUCAUUGCUCAUGAAGAGCCCCUGCGUUUUGAAAAUGACGAUCCUCGUAAUUUUCCUCCUGUUCCGUGGGAGCCACGGUGGUUUUCAAUCUCCUGACCCAGUAGCGCUCAGCCGUGCCCUCUUUGGAAGCCCUUGUGACUGGGCGGGGGCACGUUCACUGUCCGUCCCGCCACCUACACGCAAGAAGUGGACUGCGGGGAAAAGACAGCCUACCUCGCCUACCGUCAUUCUAUCACGGGCGUCUCCAAACCCAAGUGGGAAUGCAUUGAGGCUUCUCUUAAAAACACCGUCAAUAUCCAUUACCACCAACUUGCUUCGUCAGAAGAUCCUACUGAUACCAUGGAAGAGGGUCUCCAGUUCUCGAAGCUCGUGCAUCCGGAAUCUCGCUGCUCGCGGUGGUGGAGAAAUAUUAAGGAUAAAAAGUGAUCUGGCAGCUGUGAGAGAGCCCAUGACGGGAAUAUUGAGGUCCCAUGUUUCAAAAAAAAGCGCGGCUGCAGUUGUUUCCCCAUGACGGGAAUAGAGUGAGGCCAUGAUGGGUUACGUCGUGGGGUCCCCUCGCUUAGCCUAAGACAGGGACCACUGCCACUAAUGCGCUUUGAACAUGGAGGCCGACUUCAUAGCCUAAGACAGGCCUCUCACCUGCUAUUUUAAAUAAAAAAGGGGGACAUGCUGGAGGCCAGCACCUGGUAGUGGGCCCCUAACCCCGUGAGAUUACCACACCCCAAGCAGCUUGUUCCGGGACAAACCGUACCAUAACGUGUUCCUGUCAGGGCUAACCGCAAGAUUGCCACACCGCCCCUGGAAAGUCCC